AACGUAAAGUGGAGAAAAAAUCGACAAAAAUUUCGGUUUCUGUUGCGUCGUUGCGAAUUGAAAACAGAGAAAAUUCUCGCUGGAGGAAAAUUUCGCGUGAAAAAGUGCGCUCAAUUGGCGAAUUUUGGCGUAAAUUGCGUUGGGUUGCGAAUAUCGGAAUAUUCCGGGCGCGGGUGGCUACGAUGGUUUAGUACGGACGUCGGGUCGGAUUGUGGUCGGUGUUCCGUGGUCGGUCCGGAUCCGGGGAAUUGAGGACAACACAGCCGUGGGGUGAUUAUUGAUGGCCCAGUUUCGAUGCCAUGUUUGAUAAAUGGGUGAAUUUUUGCUUGUUUCGUGAUAAAUUUGCAUCGUUUGCUUGACAAUAAAAUGACAAGGUGAUAUUACAUGGAAGAGCGUGUAAAAUUACAGAAAGAAGAAAAACCGAAGUUUCAACAAUUAAAAUUAAAGUCUUUAUGAUUUAAUUACAUCCAAAAUAAACGUUUGAUAAAACAACACAAAAAUAGAUACUAAACAAGAAAAAAAAAACUAAGCGAUGUUUGCCAUUUAAAAUAUUUCAAAAUUCAAAUUCCGUCAUUGUGAGCAGAGCAGCUGUGAAUGGUGAAGGGUUUUUUUUUUAAAUCUGAAUUGACGCAGUAUUACUUGCAAAAGCAGUAGCAGCACCGCUGAAGGGAGAUUUGUGUGUGCAGUUUUACUUGAUGCAUGUAUGCAUUACAAGUGUUAUAUAACGACAAAAGGGUUGAGUGACAUCGGGGCGCAUCUGAUCUCAGUGUGCGGUGCAGCAGAUUAAGUCAGCUUUAGUGUUCUACCAGUAAGCAAUCUGCUCAACUGCGGGAAAGAUUGCGCGGAUGGUAUAAUGGUCUCGGCAAGAGGAUAGUCGGGGAAGCCGAAUAAGCUAAAUCAACUCAAUAAAAAGAAUUUUCGUAAACAGUAUCAGUGAAUGUCCGAAAACAUCAAUCAGUAAUCCAGUUAUCAGCAGCAACAACAACAACAAAAUCAUCAACAGCUGCAGCCAUACAACCGAAACCGAAGUCGUAGUUUGAAAGUGUGUUUUUUUUUCGAAGGAAAAGCAAAAAAAGAAGCCCUCAAAGAAGACAUUCGGUGCAGUGUUUGUUAUUGGGGCAUAGAACUGAUAAAAUACAGCAGAAACCGCAACAAAAAUCGCUGACCGCGUUUAGCACCCGAGCAGAAGCGGUUGUCAUCCCCGCGACGACAAAGAAGAAGCUCCGUGUCUGACAUUGACCGCGAAUGUCGACGCCAGUGUGAGGGGGAAAGAGGGCAGUGUCAGCGCGAAACCGGAACCGGAACCAGAGGCGGAGUGAGCGGGGUUGCAGUGAGCUCAGCGACCGAGCCUCUCAGUAACCUCGACGGAUGCACAUAUCCCUACUUAGUUUGCUGUUCGAAGAAGCGGCCACCGAAGGGCACGCAAACGGGCAAUCGUCGUCGCAGUCGUCGCACUCGACAGGAAGUGGCAAUAUGGUGAAAACGUUCCAAGCCUACCUGCCGCCAACGAACCGAACGUAUUCCUGUGUCCACUGCCGGGCCCAUCUAGCUAGUCACGAUGAGCUAAUAUCGAAAUCGUUCCAGGGAAGCCAGGGCCGGGCGUAUCUCUUCAACUCGGUGGUCAACGUCGCUUGUGGCCAGGCCGAAGAACGCGUCCUGCUGACUGGUCUCCACGCGGUAGCCGACAUCUACUGCGAAUGCUGUAAAACGCCCUUAGGGUGGAAAUAUGAGCACGCCUUCGAGUCCAGCCAAAAGUACAAGGAGGGCAAGUACAUCAUAGAGCUCGCCCACAUGAUCAAGGAAAACGGCUGGGAUUGAUCGCCGAGCGAGAGUUAUUUUUGAUAAAAUCAAUUCGUCACCGUCGCCGCCGCCGUCGUCAUCGUAAAUUAGAUUAGCGAAUUGUUGAACGCCAACUCCCGCCAGCCAGCCCCCGCAAAUCAUGCAACAACAAAAAAACACAAUGUGCGUCGUCGGGAAGCCGGAAAAGGUGCCACCCACGGCCAUCCCCGCGACCUCCGGGGCAACAAAUCGACUCUGCCACUACUACUGCUGCUUGCGGCGCGGUUUGGGGAUGGUCACCCUUUUUCCCACCCCGGCGACCACAAAAUACGCCGUGCAUCGUCUACUUUCCAGUCCCUUUUUUUUUGUUUCCUGCCCGAUUUUAGUUUGUAAAACUCCAUCUUUUGUGAAUUUUCUUAAAAUUUGUUCCUUUUAGUCGAUUCUGUCUCAUUAGAAAAUUAUUAGUAUUGUUUUAUCAAGAGGAAAUUCGUUUAAAAUCUAAUUUUUUUUAUAAUUUAAAUGAUUUCACAAAACAUAACCUAAAAAAAUCGGAAUCUUUUGUCCCCCCUCCUUAACAAACAACAAUUUUGCAUAAGAUAGCCGAACAAGAUUAACACUACUUUAUGGAUUAGUGAAAAAUUACUAAACGUCGUCAGUCGCGGAUCGGAGCAAGAAGAGUUGAAGAGAGCGCGCGAGAGCGUAAAAGAGAGCGAGUGAAAUGCGUUUGUGCGCUUGUGUUAGUGAGGAGAGCGACAGAACAAGAGCUGUCAACGGAGGUGAAGAUGAGCAGCAGAAAGAGAUGGAAAGAGUGAGAAUGAGGGAGAAAUCGAACACGGAGAUGGAGGAACGCGAGAGAGAAAAUGCGAGAGUGAUAUUAGUUUUACGAAUGUUUCAAGUGAGAUAACAUUUAUAAAGAAUCGUAUUUUAGUCGAAAUAUACACGUCUAAGAGAGAGAAAAAAAAAACUAGCUUUAGUUCUGCGAGAAGAAAACAAGAAAACUGGAAGCGAAAAGAGAAUAACAAGACAUUAAUAUGUUUACACUCCCACACACAAGCACACACACACACACUUAUGGUUUUAUAAAUCAGAAGUUAGUUGAUUGUGCAAAUUCGCGUGUGAAAACAGAAAUAAAAAACACAAACACACUCACAUACAACAUGUUAAAGGAAUUUCAGUUUUCGUUUUCUUUUCGUUCUUCGGAGAUAGCGAUUGUGAUCAACGGUAAUAUUACAGUUAUAAUGUAUUUUUUUUAUUAAAAAACAAUAACAAUAAAAACAAAACAACUUUUUUGUGCAGAAUAUCCGUGUGUCUGUGUUUUCUUUUGUUUCUCUGGCGUGACUGACGAAAGUCCAAGAAUGGUUUUGCAACGAUCAAACCAGAUUCAACUCGAACUCGAGCAAGCGAAAACAAAACAAAAGGAGCACUAAACACACACGACAGCGGAUUGAAAAAGGAAAACAAAUAAAACUAUGGAUGAAUUUUACUGCCAACUAAAAAUAAAAUAACAAAAAACGGAGAAAAACUAACUAACAAGUUAAAUAAAUACUAAAACAAAACAGUAAGAAAUAAAAAAACGGAAACAUCAAACUGUACUACCGCAAUAUCGUUGAAUGAAAA